AUGGACCAGGUUGCCAAGCAGUGGCCUUACUCGGUGUCCUCAUCGGUGGGCCUCGUCGACACCCACUGUCACCUGGACUUCCUGUUCCGAAAAGCCAGGCACCACGGCACGUUUUCCGAGUUCCGGAGGAAGCACCAGGCCACGUUCCCCCUCAACUACGAAGGAUGCGUGACCGUUUUCUGCGAUCCGGAGACUUUCAAGAAGCGGAGCGUCUGGCGAGGCCUUCUUGCGGAGAAGGGAGUCUGGGGCGCAUUCGGGUGUCACCCCCACAUGGCCAAACUGUAUGACGAAGACAUCGAGGACGCGAUGAUCGAUGCGCUGGAGCAGCCGAAGGUGGUCGCGCUUGGAGAGAUAGGUCUGGACUAUUCUUCCAACAACAAUUGCGGCCCCAAACUCCAGCAGCUCGUCUUCCGCCGCCAGCUACAGUUGGCAAGCAAAGGCAAGCUCCCGCUGGUCAUCCACUCGAGGGAUGCCUCGCAGGACACGUUGCGGAUCCUCAAAGAGGAGAUGCCGGCGGACUGGCCCAUCCACCGGCAUUGCUUCACCGGCGGAUGGACAGAGGCCCAGCAGUGGAUGGACACGUUUCCAAACUUGUUCUUGGGCCUCACUCCACUGGUGGGGUUCCACAGCGCUGGACCGCUGGCUGAGGUUGGCCGCCGGAUCCCCCUGGACCGCCUGCUGUUGGAGACGGAUGCACCCUACUUCCUCCCAAAGAGCGAGUCCAACCGUCUCCAGCAGUCCCAUCCAGGGAUGGCCAUCCACGUGGCCACGAAAGUUUCGGCCAUGCGAGGCAUCCCGCUGGAGGAAGUCCUCGUUGCUGUCCGCCAGAACACGAGGAGAAUGUACCGCAUUUAAUGAGGCUUUGUUAUUAUUUUUGGCGUGCUGUUCCGCCCAUAUGUGAAGUUGACUGCCGAGCCCUUCAGGG